AUGGCCACUGAACGCAAGCCCGAGCGCGGCCUCAUGGCCAACAUCGCGAUCGCCGGCAUGGCUACGUCGCUCGCCACAAUCGGCUCCAACCCGAUGGAGGUCGUCAAGACGCGCAUGCAACUGCAGGGCGAGCUCGCCGCGUCGGGUGCGCCUGUCGUCUACCGCAAUUCGUUCCACGCCUUCUACACAAUCGCCAAGGUUGAAGGCGUCCGCGGUAUCCAGCGUGGCCUCGUGGCUGGCAUGGCCUACCAGACAGUCAUGAACGGCGUGCGCCUGGGCGGCUUCGAGCCGCUGCAAAAGAUCUAUGGCGCCACUGACCCGAACCACUACUCGUUCGUGCCGCGCAACAUGCUCGCGGGUGCGACGUCCGGGGCGCUUGGUGCCAUGCUUGGCAGCCCGUUCUUCCUCGUCAAGGCCCGUCUCCAAGCUCAAAGCAACGCCACGACCAUCAACGCGCAAUACCAUUACAAGGGCACGUUUGAUGGGCUUCGGCAAAUCGUGGCCAAGGACGGCGUGGCAGGCCUCUACCGGGGUAUCAACGGUGCCAUUCCGCGUGUGGCGGUUGGUUCGGCCGCGCAAAUGUCGACGUAUGCCUCGUCCAAGCACCUCGUACUCUCGUCCGGGCUCCUCGAAGACGGCGUCCUUGCACAUUUUGCUGCAAGUCUCGUGACGGGCCUUGCGGUCACGACAGCCAUGAACCCCUUUGACGUGGUCUCGACGCGCUUGUACAGCCAGAACGUUGUGAACGGCAAAGGCGUGCUCUAUGACGGCGUCGGUUGGACUGCCCACUACCUCCGCCUCGGGCCGCAUACGAUCUUUACUUUUGUGUUUUGGGAGCAAGCCAAGAAAAUGGCCUCGAGCCUCGGCUUGUAG